GUGGUGGUAAGUAUGGCAUAGGUCGUUGUUUAUUGUGUGGCUGACUCAAAUUUGGACUUUACUGAGACAACUCUGCCGCACAACUUCAUUCAUUUCAACAUAAGAUGUGCCUGUAGUGGCCUAUAUACCAGGUGGUCACAGGUACAGCACUAACAGCAUGCCUUCGGAUAAAUCAGGCCAUAAAGCAGGGAAUUUAAAGGACCCAGCCAUAGCUGCGUUGUUUUUCACAGAAGACCCAGAUAAACUCUUCGAUGACCUGAGAGAAAUAGGACACGGCAGUUUCGGUGCAGUUUAUUAUGCCAGAAAUGUCAACACAAAUGAAGCUGUUGCAGUUAAGAAAAUGUCCUAUGGUGGAAAACAAUCCUUAGAAAAAUGGCAAGACAUUAUAAAAGAAGUUCGGUUCCUUACCCAAAUACAGCAUCCCAAUAUUGUGGAUUAUAAAGGUUGUUAUUUAAAAGAACACACAGCAUGGCUGGCUAUGGAAUACUGUAUUGGGUCAGCAUCAGAUCUUGUAGAGGUUCAUAAAACUUCUUUGGAAGAGGCAGAAAUAUCUGGGAUAAUACACGAAGCUAUGCAGGGACUUCACUACCUCCAUGUUCAUAAUAAAAUUCACCGAGACGUCAAAGCUGGUAACAUUCUUCUAACUGACCAAGGCCACGUCAAACUUGCUGAUUUUGGUUCAGCAUCUAUCGCGUCACCAGCUAACUCAUUUGUGGGGACACCUUACUGGAUGGCUCCAGAGGUAAUUCUUGCCAUGGAUGAAGGCCAGUACGAUGGAAAGGCUGAUAUCUGGUCCAUGGGGAUUACAAGUGUUGAACUGGCAGAGAGGAAACCUCCUCUGUUCAACAUGAACGCCAUGUCGGCACUUUAUCAUAUCGCUCAGAACGAUCCUCCGGUACUUAAUGAUCCUGAAGAUGAAGAAUCGAGGCCUAGAAGGAGCUGGUCACAAGAUUUUAGAAAUUUUGUCGCCCUGUUGCUUCAGAAGGUUCCCGAUGAUAGACCAACUUCUAAUGAAGUCCUACAGCAUCCAUUCAUGACCAAACCACGUUCUGCAACUGUGGUUCUUGAACUCAUAGAAAGAACAAAGAAUGUGGUUCGGGAUCUAGAUAAUCUUCAAUACAGGAAGAUGAAGAAAAUCUUGAUUGCUGAGACAAGACAAAGGCAAUCAAAUCAAACUGCAGCUGGUGCAACAGCCAACAGUGAAGGGCAAAUGGAUGAAGACAGAGAAUCUCUGGAUGGUGGUAGCAGCCGAACCAACUCCCUUGUUUCAUUACAAAGCAACCCAAGUUUGGUUUCCAUCCCUGGUAGCAGCAAAAGUAACAGCAUGAACAGCUUGAAUGACUCGCACCUUAGUGAUACAAGCAGUGUAAACAGCCAGGAAGGAGCCAGCAGUGGAAUAUCUGAACAAGAUGUUUCAACAUCUCAUCCACCAUCGUUGUUAACCACAUCUUACUCCAACCAUCCAACAGGAAGUCUCCAAUCCUUGAGACCGUUAGCCACUCUUCGUGGAGGAGAUAAAUCCGAUUCAUCUUCAACGUCUUCCGUGACUUCCCUGCAUCAACAUCAACCUCCGGAUCUAGGAGCAACAUCGGGGAAAGGUCCGACCCGAGGAAGCAGAAACCAAAAAGAUAGUAGACCCCCACCUGGACCUGUGUAUCACCUACAAGACACUAUGUCUGCUGAGACAAUACAAAAACGAACACAAGCUGUACAGCUUGAAACAUCAGGGUUUGCCACGAUAAGAUCCGCUCAAGUAAUCCAUCGACAACUAUAUGAACACAACGAAGACAACAGACACAGAGAACAAUUACUCGGCUACAAAAGGAUGCGGCAACAACAUCAAAAACAACUCAUCAAUUACGAGCAAAAGCUUAAGAAUGAGAUGGAUGAAUACAGCAUUAAACUCAUCAAGGAGCUUGAAAAUCUUCGAAGUCAAUAUUCCCAAGAACUUGAGCGUUUGAUUAAACGGCAUCAACAAGACUUGGAGAAAGAAGCGAAAGCUGUGAUGAGCGAUGAUAAAAAGUUCCAGAAGCAUAUCGGGCAACAACAAGAUCAUGAGAUAAAAGGCUUCUUGCUGCAGCAGAAGAAAGAUUAUAAAAGCAAGAAGGAACAACUGAAAGAGGACACCAACAACUUGAAAGCAAGCAAAGACAUGAAAACCGAUUGGUUGAAUCGUCAAAUCUCGACGCUCACCUCCAUGCACAGUCGAGCGGAGUCUGAACUACGUGAACGACAUCAACAAAACGCUGACCUUGAGUUGCGGAAAUAUCGAAGAAGGGCUUUGCUGGCAAGACAUAACAGAGAGCAAGAUUUGUUACGCGAGGAAUUAAACAUGAAGCAGAAACACAAGGAGAAAGAGCACGAGGUUCUUCUUAAACAACAUGAUUCAACCCAAUCGCUUGAAUAUAAACACCUGCAUGCAAUACAAGAGCAAAGGAUGGAACAUUUGAAGUCUCAGCACCAAACAGAACUUUCAAACCAAGUUGAAUAUUCUCAACGAAGAGAAAAUGAAUUGAAAAGGAAGCAUCUUGCUGCGAUGAGGCAACAACCUAAGAGCUUGAAAGUGAGUUCUGGUGACUCGAGCACAACGCAGGGGAAUAUGGUUGAACAAAGCGAGAUGCAUAAGGAUGGUGUUUAUGGUUGUUGUAUGGUUGAUGGUGCAUGGUAUGGUGUGGUGGGUAUGGUGUGUUGUUUGGAUGUUUCUGAGUGUUGGUUGUUGUUUAAUGUGGUUGAGAAUUCGAUCCUUGUCAUGGAGGAGAUGGAUCAUCUCGGGUUUUAUGAUGAUCUUGUUGGGAUGGAAGAUGAGGUGGAUGCUGGCUUCUGUGAGGAUGUUUGCUCUUCUGGGGAUGCGAGUGACUCUUCAUCUCUUGUGGAUGUCACAGAGGAUGAUUUGAUCCAGUUGGCAGCAGAGACAGAGCAAGAUGAUGGAGAAAAAGAGGAUUUAAUUGAGGGCCUUCGGACCCUGAGGUUUGGGAGCCAGGAGCAAGUCGUGAUCUCGCUGAGAUCAAAGUUUAUUGAAGACAAGGACAUCCCUGAUGAUGAGGAUGAAGAAGAAGAUGGGGUGAAGGAUGAAGACGCAAAUGAUGAGCUAGUUCUUCCUCCAGAGAAAAGCAGGACAUGCCCUGCGUCGAGCUUCGCAGAAGUUUUGAAACCUCAGCAAGUUCCGCAGAGAAAAUCUUCGGAUGGUGAUCUAGAAAAACUUCCAAAAAUGAAAAGUGAUGCAAAAUCUGUUCCCAAGAAAUGCAAAAGUCUUCCGGACAUUGCGGAGAAAGGAAAGAAGUCGCCAACAAAAGUGAAAAAGGCAAGGAAGUCGUUUGCAACAUCAGAAGCAACUAUCCAACCAACCAAACCCCCUUGGAACAGAGGCAAGUUUGUCCCUGUUGUAAAACCGGCAAAAUUUUUCGGCAAUUUAACGUCUCCGAAAUUUGGUAAUCAAAUUGAAAGUCCCAAGAAGGGCUUGAGAGAGCGUGUGUUAACUAGAGCUGCUGAAUGGAAUAAGAAGUCUGAUGAAAGUAAACAAGUCAUCCGGUCACCUCAGAAGCCACGUGGUAUCAGUAAAAGUAUUCAAGAAAAAUCGAAAAUGUUUUCCGAUGAGAUAAAGUACGGGAUCGUAUACACACGGCCUUCUUCUAAUGUAAAUGGGGCAGAAAGGAAACCUUGGGGUUACGGGGCAGGAAAAACCCCUCCAACACCCCUAAAGACGUUAAAAUCGUUCGUUAUGCGAAAGGCACCGCCUAAGAAACACGAGCUUGGUCUUGAUAGAAACCAACUCAAGAAUCUUCAAUCUGGUCUCUCUAAAGUGUUCAACCACAGCCAUAAAAGUUUGUGCAGUCCUCUCUCAUCUUCCCUGUCCUCCUCUCCUCUUGGAAGAGUUCCCUCUGUGUCCUCCAGACUAACAUCGGCGACAUUCUCAUCUUCCAACGAGCCACAAGCGGAGUACCAAGGAUGUGAAGUGUGCAGGUUGAAAGAGGCGAUGAGAAACUCCCCCGUUUCCCACCGAUUGAAGAGCACUCCGCAUCGUUGCUCCUCCCAGACACAACUCAUUGACCCAGAGACAAGAGCUUCCAACAAAACUUCCGGAAAACUUGAACCAAAACAGAAGAAAUCAUCUUCUCCACCAAAGUCUUCCAGCAAGAAGAUAAAAUCUUCUGAAAAGCUUCCAAGAAAAGAGAAGUUGUCAGUUUUUUCUUCCCCUAUUCUUCCAUGCAUAGUGUUUGCCAUUGUUGCUUUUAUCCUUCUCAUCUCUUUGUACAGCUUAGUUUACUGCAGUUGGAAGUUUGUUUUUGUAACAUUCUCUCUCAUAGUUUUACUUCUACGUUUCACACAACAUUGCUUUACUUUCCAAACCCCGGAAAGUGAAACCUUUGAUGUCUUAACAAAAUACAAGACCCUUCCUAUUCUACAAAUACCACCAAACAUUCAAAGUGACAUCACUUCAACAUGGUCUUACUUGUCUUCUAUACCUUGGCAAGAUGGGAUUAAAUCAACAAUGCAAUAUUUGCCAACCACAACCCCAGCAUGGAUCUACAUUAGCCAACAAUUCACCGAAGAUUUCAAAACCCUUUUACAUCUGAUCAAGCAAAGAUUUUCAUUCCUCGCAUCUAUGAUGGUUCAUAUUAUGCACAACAUACCCCCUGCCCAGCAGCAGUAUUUCAUCAUGGCAGCAUUUGUGACACUUCUUCUCUUGUUGUAUAUUUUCCCAGCACAGUUUUUGGUCGGUUUGCUAAUCAUAGCUGUAACUUCUCCUCUAGUUGAACUAGUGAGGUCCACGGUUGGAUUUUAAGUCAAUUUUUAACUUAAACUGUGAAAUAACUCGUGUCUAAAAGACUUGUUAUUUUCUCCACUCAAACACAAGUGAUAUCCUAUAAAAAUUUCCUUGUUUUCAAGUAAUUUUACCUUCGUUUGGCGUUGUUGCCAAAUCUGCUCUUUUUAUCAGAAUGAAACAAGUGAAAUAUCGGCAUUGUUAAACAUUGAGCUUAGAUUUCUUUUAUUGUCGAUACACAGUGUGUUGUGGAUAAAUGUGGCUUGUGGUUUGAACUCUAGGUUUGAUGAGAAGGUGUGAGUUGAAUGUGGUUAAAUAUGAGACGUGUGUUUGGAUAGGCAAAAAAAAAAAAAAAUUUUUUUAAAGGGGGAUAUUGCUUUUACUCUGCAUUCAUGCUUAGCUUGCCAAUUUAACCUACCGUGCUUCUUCUGCUGCUUGUGUGUGUUUAACCCUGUGUUUAUUAUAUACAGAAGUAUCGUUUUAACUGUGUUCCAUAACCUGUAUACCGUUGCUGCCAGGUGUAUAAUGUCACAAUCUUCAAAUAUGUGCCUAACAUGUACAGUAGUUGUUGUAUUACUUUAUUAACUGUAGCUACGUGUUAAUGUAUAUAACAUUCUUAACUAAUCAACUAAUCGAUAAUAUUCACAUUACGCAGUUAAAUAAUUGUGUAUGAUCCACUGGUGCAUGAAACUGCAUGAGAUUAAAGUAAUAACCUGUACUAGAUAUAACUGUGCCAAUUAUUAUUGAAAUUUUCUUCCAAGUUAAGAGAUUUUAAACCGAAGUUUGUACAUUCACCUAUUUGUACAUACGCGUGUUUUGAACUAAUUUUGCCAGAGCCAGUGGUGGAUGGUAAAAGCCUAAAAA